AUGAGAAGAAACGGCUUCCAGACGCUGUACAGAGACGCAUCCCCAACAACGUAUACGAUGAUCGACCAUAGAAGACACGUUAGAAACCGGAGAGAAAUCUACAGCUACAUCGAAAGGUACAAGCAGCUCCCAGUGGCAGCUGCUCUCUCUCGGGAGACAGAAGCUGAGGACAUAAACCAGCACUUCUCCUGCAAGAUCUCAGCAGCUGCAAGUCCCGAGGAAAGAGACGCCUUCCUCCAGGGAGAGACUCGCAUCUUCAGCCUCCGUCUCGAUCAGACUCCGAACGUGGAGAUCUCCCGGGUCUUCCUGGAGGCUUAUCUCCGGCAUCUCCAGGGAGAAUUCUCUCACCGCCAGGAGGAAGGGACUUUUCUCGUGGACUUCUCCGGGGGAAAGACGGGAGAAAUUCCGUGGCUUGGGGAGGGAGUGAAUCCCCUCGCAGAGUCUGCAAUUCGUGCGUGGAAGGAGGCUCCACUCGAAGUUAUCGCGCACUUUACGAAGUUCUACCGUCUCCCAGGGCGUUCUAUCGGGGGAUUCAUUCGAUCCGGUCCGAGUGGGGUGAAGAGUCUCCUCCUCCGGGGGUUCCAGGACAUUCUCGCGAACUCCCUGCACGCCCUGAGCCUCUCCCUCGUUCCUGCAGAAUUUUCUGUUCCCGCCAAAUUUUCAGGUUCUUUUUCAGGUUCUUUCCCCCAUGAAAAUCCCCUAAUCGAGAAGCACCUUCCCCCGUGCGUCCAGGAAAUUCUGCGGAAACUCCAAGAAAAAAAGCACCUGAAAUUCGGGGAUCGAACCGAGCUAAACAACUUCAUGCACUCCGCAGGCAUUCCCCUGGAGGAAACUGUCUCCCUGUACCGGAGGCACUUCUCAUGCUCUCCCUCGGAGUUCGACCGACAGUACAAGUACAGCAUCCAGCACGCGUACGGUCUCGUGGGAGGAAAAAUUCAGUACGGACCCCGAGGAUGCCGGGUUAUUCGGGGUUCCAAGGGGGCAGACUCUGUCGGGUGUCCCUUCUCCGGGUCUGCGGAUCCCUCGGGGGCCUGUGCCCGGACCCUUCCCGGGUCUCCCUCCUCUCCCGUGGAGUCUCCAAGCGAGUACUACGCGCGUGCUCUGGGAAAAAAGUAA